CGCUCGCUUAUUAAUCGUUUUUAUCGCGAACUGAUUGAUAAGAUUGUGUCACUACACCGUACACUAUCUCGCGCGGUCGACGUCACUGGGAGGGACCAGGGAGGGACCUGACCUUACGAUGCCUCAACGUAAUUAGAAAACGGCGAUAGAAUAGGAAACAUUGAACCAUACGGCUUGCAACGACACUUGUAAUUCGUAGGGAAUGACCAUGGUGAAGGAUCGUUUGGGCGAGUUGAAAAGUAAACGUAAAUACAACAGCGAUGUCAAUCUGGAUUUUGUACCCUCGAAAUCGCAGGAGGAAAUUUUCUGCAAUCUUGAAAAGUUUACAGAACUGACAGAAUGGAUUCGCACGAUACGGGCCAACAUCGAGGAGAUGCGCAGCGCCAUCUCGACACCUUCCUUCCACUACAAUGACAAAGCCAUCCGGGAGAAGGUCGAGAAAACGAUGGACCAAAGCCUGGGUCUGUGCAAGCAGAUCUAUACCGCCAUCAAGCAGCUGCAGGAGGAACUGGCCGAGGAUGAACGCCGGGGGAGUGUCCUGUUCCGGAUCAAGCACACCCAGUUCCUGGUUAUCAAGGACGACUACCUGAAUGCCUAUCGGGAGCACGAGGAGUUUGUCACCUAUUACGAGAAUAAGAUCAUAAAUCUGAUGAAGAAGGAAGCGAAAGCAAUGAGCUACAACAUCACGGAUGAUGAAGCGGCGGAAAUGUUGACCAGUAAUCAGACCUCUCCUUUCGUGGGAAAUAUCCUGGAAGAGACGGAACGGGAGCGGCAGAAGCUUCGGGACAUUAUGGCCCGGCACUCGCAGUUGGCCGAGUUAGAAAAGUCGCUCAUUGAGAUUCGGGACCUUUUCGUGAGGAUAUCUACCUUGGUCAUGGAGCAAGGUAGUCUGGUACAGGUGAUCGAAUACCACGCCCAGCAGGCUUCGCUCAAUGCGGACCAUGGGGCUCAUCAGCUGGAGAAGGCCCGGGAGUACAAACUGAAAGCGCUGAAGAAGAAAACCUGGCUCCUUAUGUGGGUGAUCAUAAUAUUGGCCGUACUUGUACUACUUAUGAUUAUAUUUUAAGUUGGUUCAUUAGACUGUUUUAGACUAGGCUAGGUACCAAAACGUGAAAGUGUUCAGUUUA